AUGAUUUACCGAAAGGCUUUUCCUACCUUCAAGUCCUUUCCGCUUCCUUGGUUUGAUGAGAAUUCAACCUUGAAGCUUGAGCUGACACCUUCGAUCUUCUCAAACAGAAACAAAUCAAAUCAAAACCCAACCAUCAAACCAUACUUGGCAGAUUGUUAUAUCCGCGCUGUCACUCGUGAGCAACACCUCUUCUUUGAGGAGAAUGGCUACUUGAUUAUCACCGAUGCUCUCAAUAAACAAGAGAUUAAGAACCAUAAAAUCUGGGCAGAAGUUGUUCCCGAACCAAAAGCCUUAUGGCCAGGACAAUUUUCGGAUACGAAAUGA